AAGCACUCUAAACCCAAUAUCCUCCAUUAAUUCCGGCCCACCCUUCUCGCCGGAGACCAUUAUGACCUCUGCAUGCAUGUCCACAUGCAUUGCCGAUGAUGCCCGAGUCCCAGUUCGAGCUACGUAUGUUAACCUCUACAAAUGGCCGGAUUCCGACCGUGAAUUCGUCCGUUCCGUCAGUAAAAACAGCCGCCGCCCGGAGAACGGUGAAAGGCAGGGCCACCCCAGGUUGGUCGAUAGUAUCUCCUGUAGGCAGCUAUACCUACGAAGCUACACAUUUUCCAGAAAAGAGAGCUUUAACGAGAGAACCAUGAAGUGUAUCGGAAAAGUCAAAGAAAGAGCUGCCGGAAAACAGAAAAAGUCUCCGACGAGUAGUGAAGGUGGCGGACGGCGUAGAGACGACGGUGGAAAGAAGAGGAGGAAGAAGAAGUGCACGGUGGUUAGAAAGGCGAAGGAGGCGUCGUAUGCGGCGUUGGCUUCCAUCUUCCGUAGGUUGCUAUCUUGCACCACUAAGAUCGAUGUUGUGGAUUGAGUUUUGAUGAUAUGCAUGACAUAAAUUUUAUUUUUGUUUUAUCCGAGGUUUGAUUUUAUGUUUUUUUUUAAAUAUUUACGUCAUUAAU